AUCCAACAUUCAGUUCAUCACAACAACAGCAACCAACAAUACACUCCACACAUCUUCACAUCGAACCAAAAGCAUAGAGAUCCAUCUUCUCUGCUCAAUCAAUUACACAACAAGAGCAUUCUAUAUUUGAGUUCAUCCUAGCGAUACCAAUACACCCAUCCCAACACUCCAAACCAACCAACACUUCAACCAAACCACCACAACAAUGCCUUCAGUAACCCAGGCCCGUCUCAUGUGGCGUAGCGUCGCCCGCGGCAUGGUAGAGCCCCACCCCUUCGCUCGCAACCCCAUCACCAUGACCCCUCACGCCUGGCGCGCCGCCGACCUCUCCAAGAAAGUCGUGAAGACAAGCACUGUCUUCUUCCCCUUCUAUGCAGGUAUCCUUGGAUGGCCAGUCGCAGCCGCCUGGUGGUUCAACGGAAACAUGUGACUCUUCCUAAUGGAAGUGCCAAGGCAGGAGAAGAGGAAGGGACCGAGCAGUAAGGAAGUCGAGGAUCUGAUAUUGAACAUGCGGUGGGAUGAUUGAAAGUUUACCUGCAUCGGCAUCAGGCUUGGAGUUUAUGGCGUUAUAAGCAUAGCAUUUUCUUUUGUCAAAUACCAAUCUUAUUAUGUUCAAACAUGC